CUCUAUCAGCCGUGACCGCAAUGGCCCGCCCCAACUUUUCUGCAGAUGUGGCGGCUGAGGCCGCACAUGUCAAUCGGCAAAGGGAAGAAUGUUGUGGCGUCUGUUAGCGGUGUUAUCCUUGCUGGGUAUGGGUAAAGCCAAAACCGUACAUGGCAGCUUUGACAGCGCUCUGGCGUGGCACAGUCGGGGGCAGCACAUUGUCACUUUCCUUUUUCAUGGCGAUCAGGCUGUGCUUAGGAUCCGAAUCAGCAAUGUUGCUGCUGCUGUUGGAAAAGAAGCUGCAAUUUGCUUGUUUCAAGAGGAGGAGUGGAUAAAAAUGCAAGAGAGCCUGGAAGAAUACAGUUGUCCUGAGAGGUUAUCCCUUGCCCAAGCAUCUAUUCCCUUGAAUCAAACCGAGUAUAACUACACACUGCCACAGAUGGUGUAUCCCAAAGCCUGGUAUGCAAUCUAUAUGGAUAAAUACACUUGUCUGAUGAGUUAUGAGGAUCCCAAAGCUGAUGAUAUCACGUUUCAAGUCACAGUGUUAAAUCCAGAUGCAGCAGGAAACCCUUUUGAUCAUUUUGGAGCAAAUGAGUCAGGGUUACAUGAAUUUUUUUUCCUGCUAGUGUUGGUAUAUUUUGUGGCUUCCUGUAUUUAUGUACAAGCUCUUUGGCAAACUAUUAAGAAGGGUGGGCCAAUGCAUACAGUGCUCAAGGUUCUGUCUAGUGUGCUGCUACUGCAAGCCUUAUCUGCAUUUGCAAACUAUCUGCAUUUUUCUAGGUAUUCUAAAGAUGGCAAAGGAGUACCUUUUGUUGGAAGCUUUGCAGAAUUCUGUGACAUUGCAUCAGAAGUGCAGAUGUUAUACUUGCUGCUAAGUCUGUGUAUGGGUUGGACUUUAAGUAGAAUGAAGAAGUCCCAAGGAAGACCUUUACAGUGGGAUUCUACACCCACAUCAACAGGCAUUGCUGUAGUGGCUGUCACUGCUCAGGUUAUACUGCUUCUCUGGGAACAGUUUGAAGAUACUAAUCAUCAUAGUUUCCAUGCCCAUCGAAGCCUGGCAGGCACACUCUUGAUUGCCUUGAAAAUUUGUUUAGCUAUAUCACUGGCUUGUGGUCUCUACCAUAUAAUCAAUGUGGAGAGGAGUACAAUGAAGCGACAGUUCUAUAUCACAUUUGCAAAAGGCUGCUUCUUGUGGUUCCUGUGCCACCCAACUUUAGUAGCUCUUUCAUUCAUAUUUAAGGAGUAUCAAAGAGAAAAGGUCAUCACAAUUGGAGUCAUUCUCUGUCAGUCUGUUUCUAUGAUCAUUCUUUAUCGACUUUUCUUAUCUCACAGCCUUUACUGGGAGGUGUCCUCUCUUUCAUCUGUAACACUUCCUCUAACCAUAUCAUCAGGACAUAGAAGUCGCUAUUACUCCUGAUAACAGAGUACAAAAUGAAAAGCUAAAAACAUGUUUACUGCAUGUUGCGGUAUUCUAGAAUGCGCUCCACAUCAAUGGACAGUGUGCAGUUCCUCCUGCAGUAAAAUGAGACAAAGUGCUGUGUUGUAUAGCAGAUUCUGUGCCAAAAAUAUGUGGUGCUAUUAAACUUCCUGUUUUAAGGAUCAUGAUUUCAAAUCACAAUAUGAGAUAACAUAGAAGAAAAUAGUAGAUUUUUACCAUUUUAUUUUAAAUUAUUGAUUAUUUUAUAUCAUGACUGUUAGUGUUUUGAUAUUUACGGUCACUGGAAGGUUUUCAGUACCAAUUGUGGUGGUAUUGUGUGUGUGUGUGUUUUGUUUUAUUUUAAAUUACACUACCUGUCUAUUGUAAUUUUCUUCUGUCUGUGUGUUUUUAUUGUCUUUUUUUUCUUUAUAGAAUAUAAAAACUGUACUCACACACACUGCUUAGUGCAGAAUAUAUAUUUUUUUUAUAGUUGAUACCCAAAAUUAAGCCAAAUGUGACUAGUAAGCUAACCAGGCUUUGUUGGAGAUGGACGUCAAGCGUGUUGAGUCAGAUAUCUCUUGACAUAUAUGUAGAGCCCAGUGACUAGCUCUAGACUAAAAAUUAUUUUUGAUUUGACACAUGUGAGUUGAUUGGUAUGAUUUAUCUUGAUUUUCAUUUGCGCUGAAGAGAAAAAUCCAGACUUGUGUUUACACUUGCACUGAAAUCCUCAGCUGUACAGAGUUUUUAGCAAUUCAAUAAGACUAUGCAAUUCUGUGUCAGACACCUACAUCAAUAAGUAAGAUCAAAUCUGAAAGAGACCAAUGUCCUGGCUCUGUUUUUCUAGAAGGUGAGAUAUUGGUAAUAUAGGCUGUUAUUACUUGUGUAUGCAGUAUUAGAGGGGCUAUGUAUGCUGUAUUGAGAUGUCAAAUAUUUAAAAGAUGAAUAGAAAUUACAGUGUCCUAUUUAUUUCAAGUUUCCAAAACCUUCUUGUGACUUUUUGUUCCAUGUUUAAAUAUGAUUCUGAUUCCUGACUGACAUGACGGUAAAAUAACCACCAUUUAAAAUUAAAUAAAAUGCCAGUUCUCUUGUAUGCAUCCAUUUUAUAUUAUGCAUUGUUGCAUAUUUGUUAUUGUUAAAUCAUGUGGAUAAUACAAUAAAAGUUGUAAUUGAUCUGUA